AUGGAUGGGUGGGUGGAUGGAAGUGGAUGGCGCCGAAUUCACAACUGCGAUAAUAUCGCCGUGCGCCAUGGUGCAGUUGACGGUAAAAGAUGUGAAGAAGAUGGAACUUCUUUGAAAUUUGUUGAGCGUGUUGAGCUUGCAUUGGUCACGGAAAAUGGAAGAAAGUACAUGGAACGCCAUGAACAUCGCGUGCUAGUGUUCGAGGACACCUUCAACGUAACUCGGGAUGCGUUCGAUUUAGCCAACUAG